AUGGCACAAUAUCCGAACGGCCAACAGGCAUACUAUGGCCAAUCUCCAAACCCUCAGGUCUCCGUUCAAUCAUCAACUGGCCGAUACGAAAGAUAUUCAUCCCAGAACAACCCUGCGCCAGACCAACAUCUACCUCGGAGGAUGCCGAGUUACAAUGCCGGGGAUGAUUCUGGAUUCUUCAACCCAGCCCAGGCUGAGAAUACGAGAGCGACCGAAGGAAACGCGCAAUAUCAGGGACAAUACUUGGACCAAAGUGGUGGCUAUGGAGGUGCUGGGCAAGGAGGCUAUAACGUUGCGCAUGGGGGUUAUGAAGAUGACCGAGACUCAAGAUAUUCGCACGCCUCUUCAGAUACAAUGGCACGCACGUCGCCGAGCCGUGCCUCUUCUCAGACCUCUGCCGGGUCUUACCAGUAUCAAUACUCAGGGGCGGCAACUUCCCAGUCAGCAUACAACCCACAACAAUACGGCCUCCCACACACGCAGUCGCAACCAGUCCUCGCUUAUAACCAACAGACGUACAACGGCACAAGCCAUACUUACGCAGCCCCGGCUUCCGGACACCAACCUUAUAACCCCGCGGCGUACCAGUCCACUACAUCUUCCGGCCUGAGCUCUCCGGUUCUACCUAGAAGGCAGAGCACAGUUUCGCAUUACGGCCAAACACCACCAACCCCACAAUUUUAUGGCUUUCCCUCCCAACAACCACCGCCUCCACCGCCGAGGGCCCCAGAUCACCCGUAUGGAGGACGUCAGCCUGUGUAUCAGCCUAUGUCACCAAAUCCUUCACCUUCCUAUGUGCCCUCAAACUCCCCUGGCACAGUCCACAUGCCCCCGCCUGCAACACGGCCUUACUACAACAACUCUCCGGGAACUGCAUACGAUAUGCCUUCUCCUCAAUACAACUCAACGGUCUCGAGUAGUUCAUACGAGGAACAGCCACCAACACCUCCAGUCCACCAACCGCAAACAAAUGGCCUUUACGCGAAGCGACCAAGUUUAUCUCAAUCUGGGCCAGGGCGAUCCCUGCCAAGUCCUCCAGUGCAGUCAGAACUACCUAUAAUACCACCGAGGCGAACAGAUACUCUGACUCGACACCCUCAAUCGCGACCUCUGCCGGGCCCACCCGCGGAGGAAAUCGAGAGAAACGGUGACUACGUACCAGCAGAUGCUCCCAUGGCGUACGAAGAUGUCAUAAGACAAGACGAGGCGAAUUUGGGUGCUCAGAACUUUGCGCGGCGCCACAGUUCAAGAGCAUCCCAUGCUAGCUCUGCCUCGCGCUUGCGUUUGUCGCCAGAUGAACAACACACGCACACUAAUAAUGGAAAUAUGGACACCGGCACAGGUCAUUACGUGAAUUAUGACGCCCACAGCGAUGAAAGUGACGCCGAAGCCGCGGCUGGACUGGCUAUGUUGAAAGAAGAUAUAGCACGAGAGGCCCGUGAACAGGAGCGUGAACUGCAGCGCACCGAAGGACGAAUGCGACGCGAGACCAAUGCGUCAGUUCUCAGUUCUCGUGGAUCUAACAUCUCGCCAAGAGACCACUCCCCCAAUCCUGACCCCAAUGUUGAUGGUGACUUCAUUGGCCAUGAUCUUGAGUUUUAUGAAGGAGGGUAUCAAGCAAACCUUCACUACGGAGAAGAGUACGGUUCUGAGGACUACUCGGAUAUUGCAGCGGGCAACAGGUUCCAAGGCACAUCCGGCUCCCACAGAAGCUCGAAUGUGUCUCCCGACGAACGCGGGGAAUAUUACGAUGAAUAUGGACACCCGGCCAUCGCGUACGCAUAUGCGAACCGUCUCCACAACAUGCUACCCGACGCCAGGGUAGAUGCUGGUGGUACAGGAGGGCUUUCUGCACCCGAUGCCUACGCUCGACGCAUGAGCUUUGACUACGGCGAUGAAGGAGAAGCGCCAUAUGAUCAGCCCCAUCCUGGCGACCUGUCUGAUGAUGAUAGCCCUCACCGAGCCGCACACGAAGAACUUUUCUUCCACCCCGGGAUGCGCCCCUUGCCACCAGCGCCUGUUGAACCUGCUGGUAAUGUCGAUCUUGUUUCUCAAUUAAUGCCAGCGGGCACCUAUAAUCGCCAUGCAGAGCAGGAUCAUCACGACCCCUAUUCACUGUAUAGAAACCCCUCGCAGCACAAUGCGGACUUCGAUGGGGAUACCUUGUUGAGCCCAUCUCAAGUCCCGCGGUCGUCGUCUUUGUCGACUCCUGUUGGACCUCGCGCUGAUGCACCUAUCAGGUCCAAGACCGAGGCCUAUAGAUAUAAGCAACAGCAGCAGGAGCUUCUUCUGAAGCUCAAGCAGAAGGAUCUUCCUCAUAUCGAUCCGGCCGCGGCAGCUGCGGCGGCUAUCACGCUGGAUCUGCCAAGCAUUCCGGCUGGUCGGCGCAAGAGAUUCCAUCCUGCGAAGCUGUCGUCCGAACAUUUCAAGAAAUGCAGCGAGCCGUGGGCGUUGAGUUCUCUCUUGUCUUGGAUUCGAGAUUUGAGCGAGGACGAAACGGACCUCAGAGAGCAAGCCAUCGCCGAUGCCAUGGUUGCUUUGUUCACUCACAAAGUCCCUACUAUGAAUAUUGCUGAUGCCGAGACACUGGCUGCUCGAGUCGUGAGUAGUAUGCUUCAGGAAGGUGCGCUGGUCAAAGAGGAAGAAUGGGUUAAAUUCGGCUCGGGCACCCUGUCGGGUGUCUUGUUCCAGAUCACUGGAACGGGAUGUUACUCGGCCAGGCUACACUUGCAGGAGAUGCACAUCGAAGAUACGGAUAGCUUCGGCCGGUGCUACUCCCAUCAUUGUAUGAGAACCUUGAAGAAGGUCAACCUCAAGGCCCAGAUGAUGGCCCCGCAGAAGAAGGCCGAAGACUGGGUGACUUUCUACAAGGUUCCCAAAGAGGUGUGGGAAGCUCACCCAAGGAAAGAGGUUGAUCGACAAAACAACUUGCACGAGAUUGUCACCACCGAAGACUCCUAUAUUGGCCAACUGGAUGUCCUUCGAGAGCUUUAUCGUGACCAGUUAGCUGCCAUGAACCCUCCAAUCAUUCCGUCGAAACGGUUACCUAAAUUCCUGGCCGAUGUCUUCGGCAAGGUUGAUGCCGUGAAGAAGGUCAACGAGGACUUCCUGCUGGCACAGCUGAAGUACCGCCAAAAGGAGCAGGGUCCAUUCAUCUCUGGAUUUAGUGAUAUUUUCAGAGAAUGGAUUCGGAAGGCGAAGAACGUCUACAUUGACUACGCCGCAACGUUCCCGACCGCCAAUUAUCUUGUACGCAAAGAGGCCGAGCGCAACCCGCACUUCAAGCAGUUCUUGAACCAAGCCCGGGAGCACAAAUUGUCCAGUCGACUUAGCUGGGAUACUUUCCUCAAGGCUCCGAUUACGAGAAUUCAACGGUAUACUCUUCUACUCGCGACGGUGCACAAGAACAUGGUCAAAGACUCAGAAGAAAAGACCAAUUUGGUACAGGCUAUUGAGGAGAUCAAGGUUGUCGCACUGGAGUGUGACAACAAAGUAGGAGAGAUGAACAAGAAGGCCGAUCUGAUGGAGUUAGCAGCCAAGCUGCAAUUGCGACCCGAUAUGAAGAAGGAGGUCGAACUUAACCUUGAACACCUGGGUCGCCAGAUCAUACAUCGGGGUGAGCUGCAACGCCCAGGAACACGUACUCGAUUCCUCGUCGAGACCCAUGCCAUCUUGUUCGAUCACUACCUUGUUCUUGCCAAGACAUUCACAAUGCGGGACCGGGCAGUCAAAUACGAGAGAUAUGAUGUCUCAAAGCUCCCCAUUCCGAUGGAUCUCCUCGGGUUGGAAAGCACCGAUGAUGACCCCGUCGUCAAAUCAUCGGUCAGGGGUGUCUCGACUGUAACGCCCUCCCAAGCAGGCGCCGUCAGUCCUCUGACACAUACCGGUUCUGGUGCAUCAGGAGGAACGACAACCAUUGACAACUCCCGAGACGAUAAGAUCCUUUACCCCUUCAAGAUCAAACAUCUGGGCAAAACGGGGACAUACACUCUGUAUGCUUUCUCGGCCCAAAACCGCAAGGAAUGGUGUCAGAAGAUCAUCGAAGCCAAAACAAAACACGCCGCCGCUUUGUUUUCGCAGAACGCGGAGCCAUUCCGGCUCCGUGUGCUUGCAGACACUGCAUUCGCUUACUCUGAUCAUACACCUGGCUCUAAGAGUGUCACUAUCAAGGGCACGCCUCUGCACCGUGCAAUCAAGGAAGUCGACAAGAAAUACGAGCCUUCUAGUCCUCGGCCCCCUCCGGUCUGCAGGACUGCUGUCAACUGUGCCACGGUGUUCCAACAGCCUUCUGGGCGCGUCAUGUGUGCCAUUGGUACAGAGUAUGGAGUUUAUAUGUCUGAAUAUAGCAACCCGCGCGGGUGGUAUAGAGCAAUCCCCAUUAUGAGGGUCACUCAGCUUGCGGUCUUUGAAGAUUUUAACUUGCUACUGUUGAUUGCUGAUCGGUCUUUGAUUGCCUAUCACCUCGAUGUUGUCUGUCCCGCCAGUGGAAAUGCGUCCCAAUCGUCCCAAGACUCUGCCCGACGAGCCCCGCAGAAGCUGUCUGGAAAUCGUGAAGUGGGCUUCUUUGCCGCCGGUCGUCUGAAAGAUAGAUACUUGGUCUUGUACAAGAAGCGCGAUGGACUCUCAUCCACAUUCAAGGUUCUCGAGCCCGUCCUCCAAAAAUCCUCCACAAGCAAAAGCCGUCUCUUCACAUCCCGCCGCUCCCAAACCGAAUUCUUCCGCGAAUACGACGAAUUCUACAUCCCAGCCGAAACCUACCGAAUAAACAUGUUCCACUCCUCCCUCGCAAUCUCCACCCAAAAAGGCAUCGAAGUCCUCACCCUCGACAAAAAACUCUCCUGGUCUGUCCCCGACUUCCGCGCAAACGAAACCUCCGACGCCCAAGACACCCUGCACAGCAUCGCCAACCGCAUUACCGGCCUCAAGCCCCUGGGCAUGUUCCGCAUCUCAGAGAGCGAGUUCCUCGUCGCAUACCAACAGUGCGCGGUCUACGUCAACAAACACGGUGACGUCUCGCGCAGCGUCGUCAUGGAAUUCGUCGGCAGCGCGCACACCGCCUGUCUUUAUGGCAAAUUCCUCAUUCUGUUCAAUGAAGAUUUCGUCGAAGUGCGUAAUGCCAUGAACGGCCGCCUGCGCCAGGUUAUUCCUGGCCAUAACGUUGUCUGCAUUGAUGAUGGAAGUAAAAUGCCUGGCUCGCUUUCUGGCAAUGCUCAGGCUAAUACGGGUGGCUCGGGCCUUUCGAGUGGCUUCUCCGGUGCUACUAAUGGAUUCUCUGGGCCGACGGGCAAUACAGUUAAGAUCUGUAUGCAGCACCCAGAGUAUGAGCGCAGUCAGCUUGUUCUGGAACUUGUUGAAAACGAGGGCCAGAAGGACUGA